AUGGCAUCCGACAACGGCGCAUCGAACACUGAGGUCGCCAAAUCCUCCAUCUUUAGCAAACUCCACGACUAUGGCACAAACCCUCUCCCGCCCGCCAUCCACGCGAUCCUGAUCGCCGCGCUGCACGCCCGCCCCCUCAAGGUCCUCCCGUGCUCCUUCGCGCCCGCUCUCCUCUUCAGCAGCUACGUCAACCUCGCCGGCUUCCCCACCGACAGCGCCGGCUUUACCUGCGCCCUCUCGGGCCUGUACGCCCUCCUCGCCCUGCGCCGCCGCCAGCCCCUGCGAAGUAAGUUCACCGCCCGCGGCCUCGUCCGCGGCACCGCCAUCGGCAUGGGCUUCGCCAACGCCGCCGCCGGCGCCUGGGUCUACGCCAACGGCGACCGCAAGAAGGACGAGGCCGCGAGAAAGGAGAGGAACCGCUGGGGCGGCGAGGCGUAA